AUGUUGGGGUCACUUUUUCCACAGUCACACAGACCAGCCGCCCAGACAGGCCUCAGACCAGUCAGGAUGAUGGUGGUAUUGCAGGUUCUGCUUCUGGAAGCCGACCUCCUGUAAGGCGCCCAUCACAGGGCUUGGGACACUUACCCAGGAGGCCAACUAAGACACGGCGUCUUGGCUCUGAUUCUGCACCUCCAUCAUCCCCACCCAGGCGAAGACUAUCGGCAGUGUCACCCCAGCCACCACUGGCACUAUUGGCGAGUUCGCAGAGUGAUGAGCCCAGAUCACCUCAGUUAUCUGAGCACAACCUGAUGUCCGCCGAGGACCAGCAGGGACCAGAACAACAGCCAUCCUUCACACUGCAAUUAACAGCUGUGGAUCCAAGCAUGCCAAUCCAGUUGCAGGAUAUACCCCAACCAUCCAGCAGUCCACAACUGCCACAAGCUCCGCCCCCAAGCCAAAUUCCGGACGAUUUUUGGGCAAGUUGGACAAGCCAACAGGCCCAAAGCAAUGCCACCCUGACCCAACAUACACAACACCUUGCCAGUCUGCCCCAUCAUCUACCGCGUAUUAGUCGCAACUCGGGCAGACUAAUAGUACAAGUAGGGAGAAUGGCUACCUCUAUGGAGCAAAUUAGGGCAGAAAACAGCCAAAUGAAUGCUAAUUUAUCCCGCAUUAUAGAUGAACAACAGCGACAUCAGCAGGCACUAGUUCAGAUAAUUCAACACAAUCAAGUGGUGAAUGAGGCCUUAUCCAGGAUUGUAGCCAGCCACACUGCUACAAACACUCAGCUGAUUGCCAGUUUAAAUAAUCUGAGCAGCAAUAUUGCUAUGAUGGGUGCUCAGCAAGUUACCUCCAGCUCGGGAACCACGACCCCUGUUCAAACGCCAGUAACCUCCCCUGUCCGGCGUUCAUCAAGAGCACGUACGCCAGACUAUGCUGGAACUCUUUAA